AUGAUUAUCAACUCUGAAGACGGAAAGGAAAGAAAAAUACAUUAGCUAUAUAAGGAGAGUGCAAAAACUUUAUUUAAAUACUUAUAUGCUAUUUUCAUUUUAUUUAUCAUUUAUGCGAUUAUGGCUUUAGUCUCAUCUUCAAUUCUGAAAAAUCAAUACAAUUUUAACAAUGAUUUACAACUAAUGAUAAUAAUACUAGUUAGCGCUUCAUUUUUUUUUAAGAUUUUAAGUUUUUAUCUUUUAACAAAAAAAUCAUUAACUAAUAUUAUAUUUUUUUCGUUAUAUCUUAUUUUAUUGCCCACUCAUAUAGCUCCUAUUGUAUAGCUUAUUAGCUUUAUUUAUGGCUCUUUUCAUAAAUAUUGUGGUUAUUUAUUUAGGUAUUAAGGCAGAUAUCCUACAUCAUUAAUUAUAUUUAAUCUAGAAAAUUAUUACCCUAGUUGCGAUGAAAUGGAAUCUAAUGGUAGCUUGUUAAAUUAGCUUAAGUAUAAUUCUUUAAAAGUUAUAAUAAAUGGAUGCAGGACAUAUUAAGCAAAGGAUAGCUGUUAUUAAUUUGAUACUCUCUAAAUAGAUAACUGGAACAAUAUGUUUGUUGUAUAAAUUGUUAGCUUUUCUAUAGCAGUUAUUUGGAUAUUCAGCACUUCUGUUUUACUUCUUUUAUUAAAAGCUAAGCAUAUUUAAGCUACCUAAAAAUAUGAUUUGGAAAUUAAAAACAACCUUCUUAACUAAUCUAAUUAGAAUCAAGUUUUUUCAAACUAAUUAGAGAAUUAAUAAAUUUCAUAUUCUUAUAGCAAUUAUUAAAUCCAUACUAUACCUGCCACAAAUACUUAAAAUCCCCUAUAAGUACCACUAUAAACCUAAGAUUAUACUAUAGGUGUACCAAUAAAUUCUUGA